UAAAUUUAGUGUCAUUAGCCUUGGCUUACGGUCCUUUACUGCCGUGGCCUUAUAAAAGGCAGCACUGCCUCUAAACCAGAUCAAACCAAACACAGUCUCAGACACAACCUCUGCACAACAAUCAGCACUGUGAUCAUACAAGCUUGUCCUACAGGAUGAAACCCGGAAGAUUACUUUUGUCUGUGGCUCCUCUACCGACAAUAACAGAGUCCCACGAGGACCUCUCGCAGUCCCUGGAGGAAUACAUGAACUCCAUCAAAGAACUUGCCCAGCCUGCUUGUGGUCCUUUGAGGAUAUCCAGGACUCAGAGGCGUAAGCCUGCGGGGAAGCAUGUGGGCUCUACUUCAACUUCACGCAGCACUUCCCGGGCUCUGCAGCCCCGCCACGCUUCUCUGGGUCUGGACGAGGUCAUGGUGAGCUUCAACAGUCAGGUGGACCACGGCACUAAAGACCCACUGGACUGGUUGUUUGCGCAGACGCACUUACAGUCACACGGAGAGGAUUUACGCAGGACUGACAUUGCACCUGCUGCUUUGUGGUUACUCUAAUGAGCCAAAGCGUAAAGACAUGCUGAUGGGGAGGAUAAUACCCAACGAGUGAUGGAUGAACUCAGUCGAGGAUCUCAUGAACUGAACUUCUUAAUUUAUUGUCUGAACAGACUUUUUGUACAAAUAUUCAAAUGUUUACAUGCUGUUAAAGUCAUGAUUUUCUAAGUUGCUUUUUUUAAAAUAAAAUGUAAGAAUAUAUUUUGA